UUGUUGGACACCACCACCAAACAUAUGUUGUAGCGCAAGAUUUGAGGCAUGGCGUCAGUGAGAACUCUCGUGGAAGCAGUUUCGGAAACGAUAUUCCCUGGCCUGCAUCUUAGCUGCAGCAGAUCAAGGGCAAUAGCGAUAAAGCACGGUGAGGAACUGUUGGCCAGCCUGCCGCUACAAGUGUCCGUCUACUUCAAUCUCUUCUACUCUCCGCUGUGGCUGAUAUCCCGCUGCCUCGCCUUCUACAUCAAGCUCCGCUACCUGUCGAUGACGCAGCAGACCAUCUCGGCGGCCAUCUUGAUCAUGAUGACGGCCGUGGAACCGCCACGGCUCUACCUGGGCUAUGCAGGGAACCUCGGGGAGGAGAUGCCGGCGCUGGCGGGCUUCUGGCUGCUGAGCCUGCUGCUGCAGUUGCCCCUGCUAGCCUUCCUGGCGCUGGGCGGCGCCCGGCCGCUGCCCCUGGAGCGCGCCGUCGACCUGCCGCUGGCGCUGAUGCUGGCCACGCAGGUGGUCGUGGCCUUCGGCGUCAUCCGCCGGGUGACGCGCAGCCAGGCGCGACAGCUUCCUGAGACAGACUGCGACGUCAUCUGUUGGCACGCGCGAUGAGCAGCACGUCGACUGAUGUGUGCCGCUAGGGAGACGCUUCGGUGUUUACCCAGCCAAACACACAAUGAAACGUUUAUUACAUGGAGCGGCCGUGAUCCGA